CCCACGACAGACUGACACUCAAGAUACACACCAUCACCUCCUCUCCUCGCACCUAGAAUACCUACUACCACCUUCCGCCUUCCUUUGUCAGGUGUCAGCCCUCACCACACACCGUCGGCUCCAGCUACAAUCAUUUCUGGCUCGCACCACCUCACGGCCUGCUCCACCCUUUCGUUUUACCCGUCCCUAGAAAUUUCGACGCACAGCAGACCAGGCAACAGACGGGUAGCUUGCUUGCCUCUUUCCCUCCCAUCACAAGCGCCACCUUUGCCCACGGGUAUAGCCCUUCUUUUUCCUGCACACCCAUUUGUCCUUCGGCCAUGAACGCAGCAGAGGUGCUCGCCAAUACUCUCUCGCCGGAUGCCUCGAUUCGAGCUGCGGCGGAAAAGCAGCUCGAAGAUGCAUCCCGAGACAAUUUCCCUGCAUACAUCAGCAUGCUGGCGACUGAGAUGUCCAACGAUGGCGUUGAUAUUGCUCUCAGGACAGCAGCAGCCCUAGCCAUCAAGAAUUCCUUGACGGCCAGGGAGGCUCCUCGUCAAGAGGAGUACACCCAGAGGUGGCUUGCGCUGCCACAAGAGGGCAGAAGCGAGACGAAGGGCAAGGCUCUCUCCACGCUUGCUACACCCAACGAAUCUGUGGGCAGGAAUGCCGCCCAGGUCAUUGCCGCCAUCGCAGCCAUUGAGGUGCCAGCCGGCCAAUGGUCGGAGCUUAUCGCUCAGCUCCUCACUGCUAUCAGGGAUCAGUCGAACGAGAGGCUCAGGCAGUCGGCUCUGCAGGCUAUCGGCUUUGUAUGCGAGCAAGUGACUUCCACUGCUCUUUCGGCUCAAUCGAAUGAGAUUCUCACCGCCGUCGUUCAUGGUGCUCGCAAGGAUGAACCUUCGACUGCUGUUCAAUUCGCUGCUAUUCAGGCUCUUCUCAACUCUCUAGAAUUCAUCAACGACAACUUUGAGAGGGAAGGCGAGAGAAACUACAUUAUGCAGGUCGUUUGCGAGGCUACGCAAUCCCCCGAUGUGAAUGUCAAGGUGGCCUCAUACGAGUGCCUGGUCAAGAUCAUGCAGCUUUACUACCAUCAGAUGCGGUAUUACAUGGAGCAAGCUCUAUUUGGUCUUACUGUACUGGGUAUGCGGGACUCUGAGCAAAAGGUUGCUCUGCAAGCUGUAGAAUUCUGGUCUACCGUCUGCGAAGAAGAGAUUGAGUUGGCCGAGGAGGCCGCAGAGGCUGCAGAGUAUGGCGAGGAGCCGUACAGGACUUGCUACAACUUUGCACGUAUCGCUCUAUCGGAGAUCACCCCUGUCAUCAUGGACCUUCUGAAGCUGCAAGACGAAGACGAUGAUGAGGAUGACUGGAACGUAUCGAAAGCAGCAGGAACAUGUAUCGGUCUGCUAGCCAACUGUGCCCAGGAUGACAUCGUGCCUCUGGCCAUUCCUUUCAUUGAGCAAAACAUCAGCAGCGCUGAGUGGCAAGCGCGAGACGCCGCCAUCCUCUGCUUUGGAUCUAUCCUGGAUGGCCCGGACCCCACAAAACUGACACCUUUGGUAGAGCAGGCAUUGCCCAGGGUCAUCGAGAUGUUGCGAGACAGCAGCGUAGCCGUCAAGGACAGUGCAGCCUGGACGCUAGGACGCAUUACCGACUUGCUUUCGCAGACCAUCCAGCCAGAGACACAGCUACCCAACCUCAUCAACGCCCUCGUUGCCAGUCUUCAGGACGAGCCUCGUAUUUCCUGCAACUGCUCUUGGGCACUCACUCGUUUGGUCAGCGAGUUUGGUGCUGAGCCAGACUCCCAGUCAGAUAUGGACGCUUCCAAGGGCGGUGACGGGUUCUCAGCCACUGCUACCAUCUCGCCAUACUUCGAGCUCAUUAUCAACUCACUUCUCCAGAUCGCAUCGCGGCCGACAAACGAGAGCAAUUCGAGAAGUGCGGCAUUCGAGGCUAUCAGCACAACAGUCGACACUGCCCCUCGCGAUUGCAUUCCUCACGUCAGCACCGUCAUUCUGCAGCUUCUGGAGCGUCAAGAGAGCUUGAAUGGCAUGACUGAUCAGCUCAUCGGUCUCGAUGAUCGCAACAAUUGGGUCGAGAUGCAGGCCUCGAUCUCGGGUGUCAUCAGUGCUGCUCUGCGUCGUCUGGGACGGGAGCUUGUUCCGCUAGGCGACCGAAUCAUGACCAGCUUGUUGACAUUGAUUCAGCACGGUACCAAGAUCCCUGCUGUGCUCGAAGACGCCUUCCUGGCUGUUGGCUCUGUGGUUCAGGCGUUCGGCACAGAGUUCGAGAAGUACGUGGAGGCCUUUUUGCCUUUCCUCGUGGGAGCCGUCAACAACCACGAAGCGACUCAGCUUUGCAACGUGGCCGUGGGAGUAGUGGGCGACCUCUGCCACGGCAUUGAGUCAGGCAUGGCCAAGUACUCGCAACAGAUUAUGACCUCUUUGUUCGAGGGCCUGCAGAGCUCUGUGAUCCACCGAGACGUGAAGCCGACCAUCCUGCGAUGCUUUGGUGACAUGGCAUUGGCGACUGGAGCAGCUUUCGAGCCUUACCUUGCCACUACGAUGGCCGUGCUACAGCAGGCCGGAUCUACCGUCUUGCCAGACGAAGGCUACGCAAUGGUCGACUAUGUGAACACCCUCAGAGAAGCCGUUGCAGAGGCCUUUGUGGGUGUCAUCACUGGCUUCAAGACUGUCAAUCGGGUGGACCUCAUCCAGCCCUACAUCGAGCUCGUCUUCAGCUUCCUCACUUUCAUUGCCUCGUAUCAGGUCGAGAGGGGUGAGACACUGCUCAAGGCAUGCCUCGGCCUCAUCGGUGAUCUGGCAGGCACCUUCCCCAACGGAGAGCUCAAAGCUGCCCUGUCGCAACCUGCCAUCACGGAGCUGAUCAAAGCUGGACGAAGCAGGACGAUGGCUCAGAGCACAAGAAAGCUGGCCAAUUAUGCAAGAGAGGAGGUGAGGAAGGCGACGAAGUAAAGGGAGAGCCAUCCCUCCUGGCACACGCGGCUGCUAUAGAAGUUGCUUCACUCUUUCGUUUUUCUGAAUGUGCGGUGCGAUGAGACAAGGGCAUUUGAAGCCCUUGUCUUGUUGCAGGAUCCUUUAUUCCUCGAGAUGGACUUGUCGUCGUGCAACACAACGGCAAUCUGUCUUUACUAGCAUUGCGCUUUCUGAUCCCCACCCCACGUCCGUGUCCUGGUCAUACAUACAUACAUCUCCCAUCAUUGUCACCUCACGCCGCCACGCCUGUCUACCGAUCCCCAACGUUGUCUCUCUACACACAACAGUCAAGCUUGUAACUAUGCGCGAUUGCUGCCACGGCC